AUGUCGUCAAACGAAGAAAAAGCAAUUUAUGUCUUGGAACAAUUGAACGAGCAGCUAUUGUGCCCAGUAUGUUUAGAAAAAUUCUCAGAACCAAAAUUACUGGAGUGCCAUCAUACAUUCUGUACAAACUGUUUGCAACGCAUAAUAAAUAACUGCGAAUCAGUCUGUGUCGUUUGCCCUACGUGCCGAGAUGAGACCAAAAUUCCAGAUCAAGGAAUCGAAAGCCUGCCGACCAAUUUCUUUGUCAAUAGUAUACUUGGUUAUCUAUCACUGGACGGGGAACAACUAGAGCGAAUGAGAGUCGAGAGAAAAUGCGAAAUGUGCGACGAGCCUGAAUUUGCUGACCUUGCAACUUCGAAAUGCGUCGACUGUUCGAAAGUGUUAUGUGGCGCGUGCGUUGCUGAUCAUAAACGAGCCCGCACUACAUUGGAUCAUAGAGUGGUCGCGCUGCUGGGACUCGACGCAGAUUGUGAUAAACAGGAGUUGGAUCGGUAUAGCAUUAGUUUCUGCAAGACGCAUACACGGAAUGUCAUCAAGUACUACUGUAUGACAUGCGACACCACUGUGUGUAGAGUAUGUACGAUUUUGGAACAUCGGGAACACAGGUAAGCCUUCCACCUUUUUAAUUUAGUAUGGUUUGUGGUAUAUUUUACCAUUUUCUGGCCUGUAGCGCUUGCAUACCAAUGGACUAUAAUCAGUUUUUUCGACAUAAAAGAAUGUGCUACAUAUAUAGCUACAGUACGUUAGGUACUAUUUGAGUUGAAAAAGCUUUAUUUAAAACAUUUUGUAAAGGCUGGGUUGUUUACAUGAUCAAAGUUUCUGUGAUCACAGUAGGAAUUUUUCAUAGCUACAUUCUAAGUUCUGAAGUAUUAUUUCAAAUCCGCGCAAUCAAAAUGCGAGGACUUGAAAUCUAGUCCAGUCCGAAUUGGAGGAUUUGAAAUGGCACCUUAUACGAAUAAAUCACUACCUAAUUAAGUGAGGUGAAUUAAUUUUGAUCCAGUCCUAGGACUGGAUCAAUAUACUUCACCAGGUAUCCAGUAUUAUCAUGUGAGCAAAAUAAAGCAAUAUGGUUGGCUAAUUCACUUAUGAAUUGUUAAUGAGUUUGAGAUGGAUUUGUAAGAAAUGUUUGAGCUAGGGAACUGGCGCAGUGUUCAUGAACAAUUCUUUCAAAUCCUUCAAAACUUAGAAUUUGCCCAUGCAAAUUUGCUACUGUGAUCACAGAAACUUUGAUAGUGUAAACCAGUCUUUAUAUAGAAGUGACAACAAGCUUUAUUCUAAAUGUGUUAUUCUUACAAAAUACAGAUAUGUUUACCCAAAGGAAGCCUUGCCUGAGCAGAAGGAAGAAAUCGCAAAGCUUCUUGGGAAGACUAAGGAACGGAUCCCCGAGUUAAAAGACGCGCUGGGACUGGUGCGAGAGAUGUCAGAAAAGUUGGCAGACUGUAAGAUGACAAUCGCCGAAGAGAUAAAGCGGAACGCGAAUGAGCGGGUCCUGGCAUUGCGAGAAGCGGAAGAGAAGCUCUUGGGACGGCUGGAGAUUAUUUACACUGGAAAGCAGAAAGUUCUUGGCCUGCAGAGAGAUGGCCUGGAAUUGGAGCUUGGCAAGAUCUCGGGAUGUUGUGAAUUUGCUGAAAAUGUCUUGAAAUAUGAGAACGAAGUGGAAAUUUUGACGAUUAAGAACAAGUUAAAGAAUUUAAGCGAUAUUGAGGUAUAUUGCAUUUAACUUUAUUUUUAUACAGUUAUAAGUCAUUUAUAAGCAGUCCUGCCACACGUAGCGUGAUUAUGUAACAAGCAAUUAAGCAAUGCAACAGUUAUUAGUUAAUAUUCUGCCAAUAAUCAUAUUUUUAUUUUUUCCAAAUCAGUUAAAACUCGAUCCUGAAGAAGACGACACAAUCCAGUAUACCGCUGAUCCAGACUAUUUGCGUACUGUGUCCCAGUCUCUUGGCAUUAUUCACGCCAGUAGCACGUUCGCCUCACUGUCCUUUGCAGUGGGUGAUGGGAUAUCCACAGCCAGAGUGAAGGUCGAGGCAAGCUUUCAGGUGAUCACGAAGGAUCGUCAUGGCAACAGGAAGGAGGGCGGUGAUAGGCUGAAUGUUUUGGUACGACAGCCUGAUGGCACCAUUUUGAAGUCGAAAGUCAAGGAUGAAGGUAAAAUGAGAGCUAAUAAAUAAUUUUAUGAUGAACUCAAAGUUAAACCAUAUUAUGCGGUAUUAUGCCAUACCAUGUUAUAUCAUGCCAUAUUUGCCCUGGGCAAUUGUACUUUUUAACAAUAAACUUUUAAUUUUUAUCGUAAUAUAUGUAAUUCAUAAAUUUAGAUUGAUAUUGUCCAUUGUAUUGAUAAGGUGGAUUAUCAUUGAAGCUCUAUAUUAUUUACACUAUAACAUUAUAUUUCAUUCCAUACAUUUCCAUACCAUAUCAUACCAUACCAUACCAUACCAUACCAUACCAUACCAUACUACAAUAACCCAUCAUAUGAUACCAUAGAACACAACAUAUUACAACUAAGUAAGGUAUAUACCAUACAUUAUGUACCAUACUACACGAGAUACUUCAUGUCCUAAAUAUCAUACUAUUCAGCAAAUAAUUUCUAUGUGAGUCCAGUAGGUUGGAAACUUUUUUACAUGAACUUUAAUUAUAUCAAUUGCUUCAUCCAUGUUCUUUUAAUCCUCUUCAAAGGUAACGGUACCUACCUUGUGAGCUACACACCAGAAUUGAACGGCAAGCAUGAAAUAUCCGUUACAAUCCAAGACAAACCCAUCAAAGACAGCCCCUUCAAUGUUCUCGUUAUAAACCGCCGAGAAUAUAACGAAGUUGGCUCAACGCUGAUGAGAUUUGGUCAAUAUGGCAGCAAGAAGAAAGAGUUCAAGUCGCCGUUCGGUGUAGCUUGCGACCAGUCUGGCCAUAUCUAUGUCGCCGAUAGUUACAACCAUCGUGUUCAAGUGUUUGGCACGAAAGGAGAGUUUGUGCAUUUCUUUGGAGCCCAUGGUGAAAGAAAGGGUAUGUUGUCUUGUAAUUUCUAAUUCUUAUCAUUUGUAAAACGGUGUAUGCCAUUUUCUUAUUGUUAAAACACUGGAUCAAUAUAAAAGAAGAGUUAUUAUUGUAUCUCUAGAAAAAACAGUUUAGAGCACUGAUAGAACUAUCUAUUAUAAAUAGAGUUAGUUUAGUUUAGGUUUCCUUCUGUAGUGUCACUAGGUCAAUAAGUGCAGUGAUUUCUCUUACUGGACUUACUGCAUAGAGCUCUAGGGAGAACAGUUUAGAACUGUUGAAGCUAUCCAAUAUAAAUUAUAAGUAAAGUAGUAUAAAUAAAAGUUAGUUUACUAGUUUAGAGUUUGGAGUUAGUUUAGAUUAGAUUUCCUCCUGUAGUAACACUAGAUUAGUAAGUGAUGUCUCUUACUGGACGUCCAAGGAGAACAGUUCAGAACAGUUGGAGCUAUCCAGUAUAAAUAAAGUUAGUUUAAUUUAAAAAUGAAAAUUAAAGCCCAACAAAUGACUUUCAGACAAGACAUAACAAAAUAUAAAAUUUAUUGGCUAACGUUUCGUUGUAUUGUUCACAACAUCUUCAGAGCAAUUAAACUUAUUUACAAGCGUGUAUCAUAUAUAUACAAAUAGUUUAAAACGGUACAACGAAACAACAAAACGAAAAAAACAACAACAAAAAAAUAAAAAAAAUAAAAUAAAAAAAAUAAAAUAAAAUAAAAAAAUACAAACAAACGUUAAGCAAUAAAUUUUAUAUUUUGUUAUGUCUUGUCUGAAAGUCAUUUGCUGGGCUUUAAUUUGCAUUUUUAAAUUACGCUUUCCACCCGGUGUAUCAAUCGCUACUGUUUUAAAGUUAGUUUAGUUUAGAAUCGUUUAGUUUAGUUUAAGUUUCCUCCGUAGUAACACUAGAUCAGUAGGCGAGUUUCGUUUCGUUUCGUUUAGGUUUUCUUCUGUAGUAAUGCUAGAUUGGUAAGUCACGGCUCUUACUGUAUCUCUAGGGAAAACAGUUUAGAAUUUCAAAGUGAUAAAGUUUCAUUUCAAAGUGUAAGUAAAUGUUGGUUCAGUGUGGUGCGAUUUUAUAUCAACUGAUAACAACUAUAUGAUAUUAUUUUCACAGGUGAGUUCAAUUGUCCUACGGAUGUGGCCGUGGACUCCGCUGACCGUGUGAUUGUGUGCGACAAUGGCAACAAUCGUGUCCAGAUCCUCACGUAUGAGGGUGCAUUUCUGGGCAAAUUUGGCCGCGAGGGAGUUGGGAACGGGCAGUUCAAGAGCCCCUGGGGGGUGGCUGUGAACGACGCCAGACAGAUCUUGGUCGCCGACAUGGAGAAUCAUCGAAUACAAAUUUUCAGUCCGGAGGGGAAAUUCGUGCUAAAAUUUGGCUCGUUUGGUGAGAAGAACGGCCAGUUUAAUUCACCGUGUUAUGUUUUGAUCGACAAAGAAAGUGAAAGUAUUAUCGUGGCCGAUUCAAAGAAUCAUCGCUUGCAGUUCUUUGAUAAGAAUGGCCGCUUCAGAAGGAAGAUGGGCUCUCAAGGCACGCGUGAGCUGCAGUUUACGCAUCCCAGAGGUCUGGCACUAGAUGUCUGUGGUCACCUGGUUGUGGCCGAUAUGGGAAACCAUCGUUUGCAGAUUGUGACGCUGGAUGGAAGACUGGUGAAGACUAUCGGCUCGGAAGGUAGUGGUGAUGGUCAGCUGUCUUUCCCUGAGAGUGUAGCGGUUACUCCCAACACUGGGUAUAUUGUCGUCUCUGAUUUGAGCAAUAACCGCAUCCAAGUAUUUUGA